AUGUAGAACCAUUAAGAUAUUACGAAAGUUUAUACAUUUGAAAAGACUUUAGGAGAGUAAAUACUGAAUUUUUAUAAUUAUAGAGGUGCCUUUGGAGUAGUAAAGAGAGCAAAAAAGAAGUCAAAUGGAGAAAUGUAUGCUGUAAAAAUCAUCAAUAAGUAUUUUGCUAAGUGAUUAUCAAAUAGAGAUAAUUUAUCGAAUGAAGAUUUAUAAGCUUUGUAAACUGAAGUAGAAAUACUAACAUAAGUAUGAUAUAAUGUUUUACUGUUUAGAUUGAUCAUCCAAAUGUUGUUAAACUCUAUGAAAUUUAUGAGGAUGACACUAAUUUUUAUAUGGUAUUAGAGUUGAUGACAGGAGGGGAAGUAAAAAUAUGAGUUAAAAAAUUACUUUCUUAGCUUUUUGAAAGAAUAGUUGAAAAAGAUCAUUUUAGUGAAAAAGAGGCUGCUGCUACAUUGAGACCAAUAAUUGAUGCUUUAUCUUAUUGUCACAAGAUGGGAAUUGCACAUAGAGAUUUGAAACCUGAAAAUCUAUUAUAUUCGAGCAGAGAUCCUGGAGCAUUAUUAAAAGUAGGGGAUUUUGGACUUGCUCGUUUUAUUGCAAAUGAUGAAGUUAUGAUGACUUAAUGUGGUACUCCUGGAUAUGUAGCUCCAGAAAUACUUUCAGGACAUGGAUAUUCAGAGGCAAUUGAUUUUUGGUCAGUUGGUGUCAUACUUUAUAUUAUGUAUAUAUUGUAUCAUAACGAAUAGGUUAUGUGGAUUUCCACCUUUUUAUGAUGAAGAUAAUGAUAAACUAUUUAAAAUAAUAAAAUCUGGAUAGUUCUCUUUUCCAUCUCCAUAUUGGGAUAGUAUUAGUAACGAAGGUAAGAAAAAUAGAGAAAUAUUAUUAAAGCUAAAGAUCUCAUAAAAGGACUUUUAACAGUAGAUCCUGCGAAGAGAUUUGGAACUGAAAAAAUUCUAAAACAUCCUUGGUUGGUGAACAAUACAGCAAAAUCAAUUCCAAAUAUUUAAAAUAAGAUGAGAGAAUUUUAUGGAAGUGCAACAAUGAAGGUAGAUUUUUGAAAUGAUUAAUUUAUAGAAAAUGGGUAACUUUGUUAAGCUAGCUCAAAGAUGGGGUAAAUUAUCAUAGAUAAAAAAGAAGUGA